CCGCACAGUCCCCAAGCUCUCGCUCCCUGUACUCAAAAGUCGUCACCUUCUCUGCCGGUUCGCCCCCACGCCAGCGAGGAUGUCGGUCGAAAACCACACGGCGGAGACGCCGGCCGGAGAGCGAGAGCUUCCCCUCGUCCUCCUCCUCCCCCCUCUCUUCCCCCACUUCCAUGUCGCGCUCACCCACAAAUUCCGCUUCCUGAAGCCCUGGGAGUCCCCCCUCCCCCGAGAAGAAUUCCUCGCCGCCCACGCCGGCGCCGUCCGGGCCCUCCUCUGCUCCGGUCCUACCCCCGUCGACGCCGAGCUUCUUGCCUGCCUCCCCCGGCUGGAGCUCGUGGUGGCCUCCAGCGCCGGGGUCAAUCAUAUUGAUGUCGCUGCGUGCCGGCGCAGGGGCAUCGCCAUAACCAACGCCGGGAACGCCUUCACUGAUGAUGUUGCGGAUUAUGCGGUGGCUCUGUUGAUCGAUGUCCUGCACAAGAUCUCUGCGUCUGAUCGGUAUGUGCGGCGAGGACUCUGGCCGAUCAAGGGCGACCAUCCACUCGGUCGCAAGCUGGGUGGAAAACGAGUUGGUGUUAUCGGUCUAGGAAGCAUUGGAUCAGCAGUUGCAAGAAGGCUCGAGGCCUUCGGCUGCACUAUCUUAUACCACUCAAGAAGAAAGAAGCCAUCUGUCUCGCACCAGUUUUUCUCAAAUGUUACUGACCUUGCUGCUGAAAGCGAUGUUCUGGUUACAACUUGUACAUUGACUGCUGAAACACACCAUAUCAUCGACAGGGAAGUCAUGUUAGCAUUAGGGAAAGAUGGCAUUAUCAUCAACGUAGGGCGUGGGGCUCUUGUUGACGAGAAGGAAUUAGUCAGGUGUUUAAUGGAAGGAGAGAUUGGAGGUGCUGGUCUCGAUGUGUUCGAGAAUGAACCAGUUGUGCCCCAAGAGCUCCUUCACAUGGACAAUGUUGUACUGACACAUCAUCAAGCUGUGUUCACACCGGAGUCAUUUCAUGGGCUGCUUGAGGUGGUCAUGGGCAAUUUGGAAGCUUUCUUCUCAAAUAGGCCAUUGCCUACUCCAGUUUCAGAGUAGAAAGAAAACGAUCAAUUCUUUGACAGCAUAUAAUGAGCCAGUCUGAUAAGAUUCCCCUGAUUAUAUUAGUACCAGGAUAUUGGAUCCUGUCAAAACUCUCAUCAUCAUGCUGUAACCGUUGUCUUGUGGCUGUCUUAUUAUUAAACAUCUCAUUGUGCUAAAAUGACUAGAAUCAUUACGGCAUCUGACAGCUACAGCUUCAUUUCCUUGUCGUAGGCAUCGUAUGCCUGUGUACUUGGACCUGCUUGCAUGACUCCAAUAAUGGUGAUUCCUCCAAA